CGGCAUCUCUAAUACGCUUUGACAGCCAAACAUGUGUGAUUGAUACUAAACAAUUCUCGAACAGUUGCAUAAGCCAAAUAAGUACCAAAAGAAAGUGCAUCCGCACAACUAUCAUGAACGACAUUAAGAAACUGAAGGAGCAACAGCGCGACAAGCAUCCCGGAUUCGGUUUCUAUCUCGAGUGCAUGACCAGAACCCUCUUCACAGGGUUAGCCGGACUGUGUCUAGGUUUUUCGGGGUUCUAUUUUGCCCAAAAACUCGUGCAACCUAAGCUGCCGUACCCAAAGAAGUACAACAUCCUCAUUUCGUCGAUAGCAGCUUGCGGGAUUGGUUACAAGAUCACAAGUGAUAGAACGAAGGCCUGCCAGGCAGCGUGGAUGGCUGCGGAAGAUAAACACACCGCGUUAAGUGAGGAGAAAUAGUAAAUUGUGGAGGAAAAUGUCGAUCUUAAGAGUG